AUGACUCGUGAGGAGCUGCUCUCGAGAAAGGCGUCGCGUAAUUGUCACGGCCAAGACUCCUCGUACUUCUUAGGGUGGCAAGAAUACGAGAAGAACCCUUACCACCCUACCACCAACCCUGCUGGGAUCAUCCAAAUGGGUCUUGCUGAGAACCAGCUUUCCUUUGAUCUCGUCGAGUCCUGGCUCGAGGGACACCCCGACGCCGGCGAGCUCAAGAGGGACGGCGUCUCCGUCUUCCGAGAGCUCGCGCUCUUCCAGGAUUAUCAUGGCCUACCUGCAUUCAAGAAUGCUCUGGCGCAGCUCAUGGAAGAGAUAAGAGGAAACGAAGUAAGAUUCGACCCUGCUAAGCUUGUCCUCACCGCAGGCGCUACUUCCGCCAACGAGAUCCUUAUGUUUUGCCUCGCUGAACCCGGCGAAGCAUUCCUCGUGCCAACCCCAUACUAUCCAGGUUUCGAUAGGGAUCUCAAAUGGCGAACGGGAGUGGAGAUCGUCCCGAUACGCUGCUCAAGCUCAAAUGGCUUUAAAAUCACGAAAAUGGCCCUCAACGCCGCUUAUCGACGGGCCCAAAAGCAUGAUCUUCGGGUGAAGGGAGUCUUAGUAACCAACCCUUCGAACCCGUUGGGCACAACCAUGAGCUACGACGAGAUCGACACCCUGCUUGAUUUUGUUGCAUCCAAAGAUAUCCACCUCAUCAGUGACGAGAUUUAUUCCGGGACCAACUUUGGUUCUCCGCCAUUCAUUAGCAUGGCGCAGGCGGUAUCAGGUCGAGCCAACAUCCUGGCCCGCGUCCACAUUGUGGUCAGUCUCUCCAAAGACCUCGGCCUCCCUGGGUUUCGUGUUGGCGCGAUCCACUCCAACAAUGAAUCGGUGGUGUCCGCAGCCACGAAAAUGUCGAGCUUCGGUCUCAUCUCCUCGCAAACUCAAUACCUCCUCUCUCAACUUCUCUCCGACAAAGCAUUCACUGCGAACUACAUAAGAGAGAACACGAAAAGGCUCAAACGGCGGCAUUCGCUGCUCGUCAAAGGGCUAGAAAGCAUCGGAAUCAGUUGUCUAAAGAGCAACUCAGGGUUAUUUUGUUGGGUGGACAUGCGGCAUUUGCUUAACUCUAGCACAUUCGAGGGAGAAAUGGAGACGUGGAAGAAGAUAGUGUAUGAUGUGGGGUUAAACAUCUCUCCAGGCUCGUCGUGCCACUGCGACGAGCCCGGGUGGUUCCGCAUGUGCUUUGCUAACAUGUCGGAGGAGACGCUCCACGUCGCCAUGAAGAGGUUGAAGGAAUUUGUCGCAGAGGGGAAUGGUAACGGCGGAAAUAGCUGUGGCAGAAGCAGAAGCAAAAGCGAAACCAAAAUGACGAAGUGGGUGCUUCAAUCAUCAAAUGCUGAUGCUACUAAUGGCAAAUCUGAGAGAUUUAUUAUCAACCGUUCCUGCCCCGAUGCGCUUUCCCUCUCUAUUAUCCUCAAAUCCUACAACACCCUCGUCGUUGUCACCGUCGCCGUCUACGCCACGCCCUCUGUCUACCUCACCUCCACGAUUUGUACUAUAUCCGAGCCCACGUCAUCACCAUCAGAGUCAGAAGAGAUUAAGGAUAUCAUACCUCAGAUGAUUGUGGCCACGGCAGAGUCGAGAGAACGGCGGAAUCAGUUCCGUUGUGACAGAAAGGUCGAAGAAUACGAGCACAUGCGGUGGCCAAUGCCGACCAGCUCCUACGGCGAAAGAUUUCGACUGAAAGUCGACCUGAAAGAGAUGCAGCAGCAGAGUGCACUAGAAACGGUGGCGGCUGAAAUGGAGACUAAACAAAUUUACAGCAGGAGCGCAGAUCGCAAAGUGGAUUCUGGGAGUGUUGGUCUAAUGUGGAAGUGGAUGACGGGGUCAGGGUAUCAUCGAAUUAUUCGACUAAAACACCAAUCCACUUUAGCUUAG